CGACCUUACUUCCCCACAGGCUGACUUUCGAUUCAAAUUAUCAAGUGUAAUCGCGGCCAACCGAGGCCAGCAUAAAAAUGCAUCUAGCAAAAAGCCAAACUGUAUCUGGCCAGCCUGUCGUCUACAGGGCAGCCCGCGAGGAUUUCGGUGCGGCGUGCGAUGAGAGCCAGCAGACUUCCCUAAGGACGCUUUCAGUGGUGAUUCCAGAACACCGCCAAAAGGUUGCAACCAUGAUGAGUCUUUCCGAGGCCGAAAUCAGAACCCCUGGCUGUGGCGCUGACCAAAGUCUACAGCCUAGCCGACCGACUAUCAUGCUGCCAGGGGCUUGGGCUAUGGGCGACGGUCUUAUCCUGGAGGCGGACGAAGACUUACCCUGGAGCUACGAUGAAGCACCGGACACGGAAGACUUGGAGAGCUUAGGGACAAGUAUCGCCCGUGCUGCUGGAAGCUUCAGUGCCAGCGUGAGGGGCUACCUGCAAGACCUUGCCAGCGCCCUGACCAGCAGCGACGCUAACGUUACCUCGCCAACCGCUUGCACGCAACCAAUGGACGCUGAGGGCAUUACCGGCGAAUUUUCAUGCUACAAGACGCAAGAGACUCGCAAGCACUGCAGGUACACCCGAGGCGCCGUUCGAGGUCUCAAGCCCCAUGCUUAACGGCACGAUGGCACACCUUGCUCCGCAACACCAGCGAGCGAGCACCGGUACGACACUGCUGCUUGGUUGCAAUAAUAGCGGUGAAUGGAGGGUGCAGUCGUAGGUGCCGGUAUAGCAGAAGGCUGUGGUGCUGCUGCCGUACGGUAAUAAUAUGACCGUCCGUAUGCAUGUCCAAGCGUGCUUUCGUGCGGCAAUCGCACGCAUUGGAAAACCAGCCGGUGUGCUUAGCAUCCGAGCUUCCGUAGGGAGUCGUGCUGGAUGGUAUGGCAGUGUACGACAGCAUUAAAGGAUUGGGUGGGUGACUCGCGUAAUAGUCAUUUUUCGUGGGGUUUUACUUUCUAUGUCCAGGUGCCUAUUACCCAAGGCUGCAGCUAUGCAGAACUUGUCUGGCCAGUAAAGUUACUGAUGACUGAGUGUAUAGAUCUCUGGAGACAAUAGCAGAGGGGAGGGGCUUGGUUGUGCUUGAAGAGCACAAGCAAUUCAUACCAUUGGCUGGCUUAUGGUAUUAGCGUUAGAUGCCAUAGACAGUAGGCUCUGUUCUUUAAUGAUGGUACUCGGUAAAAGCACGUGAACGGAUGCGUUCCUGGGGCGUAUGUCUCGCUCGAUGCUAGCGCGGGAGGGGUAUACGAAAUUUAUCCUGAAUUGUGUUUUUUGUCAACAUAGUUCGUACGAUGCUUGCCAAAUGAAGUGAUCGAAAAGGACAUUCAGUAACCUUGUUAAGCUUGUUGUGAGGGGUGUGUGAUUCAAUGUUAUGAACAAAGCGUUUACCUAUUUAUGACGGGCUUGCACCCGACAUGUACAACGAGGGGGUACCGUAGUUCGUUUAGUGGGUGGCUAUAACAAACACGGGGGAUAGCAGGGUUGCAUGCCGUUAGCAUCGUCGGUUAAUUGGUUUGCUUCAGUGUUUCUAUCCACCAGGUACCUUGGUUGUCUACUUGUGUUCUUGGACUUGGU